UCAGGCUGUGCCGUUUCGCUAUGGGGAUGACGCUCAUCUGUUUUGUGUGUAUGCAUAAAUAUACAGGCGGCAACAGAGAGGCAGACAACGUACAAUCGUCAGAACCGGAGAAAGCGGCAGUCAGCUUGAAUGAGAAAAUGGCUCGGGGACGUAAACGGAGAGGGAGCCAGACAGAGAAGUCUGUAGAAAAUGACGGAGCGAGGAGGUUAAGAGGGACAGAGAAAGACCAAAGUAGGAGAGAAACUCAGUCUCGUCAAAGAACGGCAAAGUCUGCAAAUGGUCAGUAAUGUAAGAGAAUUACGGCAUACUAAGCUGCAGCUUGCAGUGCUCUGUUUUGGAGGAGGCAGCCAUGUUUUUCCCUUUCUCCUUCACCUGGCUGUGGACAUGUGCCGAACCCCAGCGACUAUUGAGAAGAGGAGCGACUACACAAGACCAAUCAGCCAGCAAGUAGGCGAGAGGAAGUGGAGGACGGUGAUAACGACAGCGAUGGUAGAACGGUGGUGAGGAGCCAACAACGGGCAGUGUGAUCUUGGCCUGGCGGAGCCUCACGGACAGGAAAAGAUGACGCGGCUCGUGCACUUGCAAAUCCAACGGGUUUGUAACCGGCAGUCCACAUAGAAGCAAUGACGAAAAUAACCGAGCAACUCAUCCUCGUUCUUCUGUCAUCUGUCAUAAAGCGAGAGGAUCUCCAUAGAAUCCCCACUUUGCGCCGAUGCAAUCCCUCAGUAUUUCCUUGCUCAUACCCCCUUUUUUUUUUUAUCCUGCUCCUAAUCCUCGCCGAUCUCAAAGUGUCAACCAAUUUUCCCUCUCACCCUUUCCAACGUGUAGUUUUAUCUCACAUUCCUGUCUUUCAUCUUAUCUGCGUUCCCAUGUUGCAGAAAAGAUUGUAUCAAAAAAAAAUACAUUUUCUUCUUCAUUCUUUCAUUUUUUGGAGGAAGGGUUAGCAAGUCCGACAACAACCUCACUCCCACUUGGGCAGCUGUACUUCAGGAUCGACUGCAAGUUUCACGUGCGGAACUAGCGUAGAUGGCAGAACCAGUCUUGGUCACCACGUCCCUCGCCAUGGGCUCUGGUGAAAGAGGAUAUCGUUGGAAAUAAAUCGGUUUCAGGAGGCAUACUCGAGCAAUGCAAUGUUGCUUUUUCCUGUGGUUUCCACUGAUGGGUGAAUGUGUGUGUCCAAGAGGCAAUGCAUGAAAUCAGACAAAAAAAAACAGUCUUAUGCAGGUUUGAAAAGGGCAAACCGAAUAGCUUAGCUAAAGCUUUCUGUGUGAGAAAUGAGAUUCGAUUGCUUGGAGCUGAAGGCGACCACUGCUGCUGUUUCCUCGUGACUGUAGCCCACAGCGCUUUCUGUUUCUGUUCACUGCACGCUCCUCCAUUCCAUCGUACGUGCCCACUGUGGCUCAGAUAAUGGCCCCUCGCUCUGAACACACUGGAGAGAGUGAGAGAGAGCGAGAGAGAGAGAGAGAGAGAGAGAGAGAGAGAGAGAGAGAUGGAGGUAAAAACUGCAUGAGACGAAAGGGAGUAGAGUGAAGGCAAGAGAGAGAGGAGCGGUAGGGGGAGGGUGUGACUAAGAAGCCAACUGCAUGUGCAGCCGAGAGAAAGAAAGAGGAUAUUGAAAAAGGGAAGGGAGGAGCAGACAGAGAUAAUGAGAAAAGAAGAGGGAGCGAACAGAAAGUGGCAGCCAUAAGGGGAAGCAAAGAGAAUGACGAAGGCAUGCGGUGUGUUAGGGGGAGGUGUGUAUGAUUGGCCGUGUGUGAAUGCACGCAUGUGGAUUUUGGUGUUCACUCUGUCUGAUGGGAUAAAAUAAGGAGGAAUACAGCAUCACGCUUUAUGGUUGUUUGUGUGCGGUUUUCACACUUCAGUAUUGCUCAUGCUCCUCCCUGCUGACUCUUCUGCUUUCUGCCCUACAUCCAGUAUCUCUGUCUGGACAUCUAGCAGCACACUGUUCACGAAGUCACUUCAUUGGAUGGCCCCAGAGGCGGAGGCCAGAUGGAAAUUGGGUCACAUGACCGCCUCCAGGAAGGCGUGCUGAGUCUGGACCUGUCCAAUGGGUUGAAUUGCUACCCCAAGGUUGAUGAGGCAUCCAUAGAAACAGAGCAGAAGACAGAAGCAGGUGUACCGCCAAGGCAGUGCUGGGCGCCAACACAUGGCAAAGAGAGAGCGCAACAAUUGUUGAAACAUAAGAGCAGUUAUGCAAACCCGGGUGAACCUGUCCACCAUGUGGAAGAUACUAACAAUCUGGUCACUUUUUCUGCUACUGCUGGUACCUUACCUCCGUCCUCCAUCUCUUCUUGCAUCCAAGUGCAGCCUGACACGAUGCAGCUGUAUGAGAAAUUCACCCGGGAAAUGGGUGAGGGUGGGGAUCGGGUCAGACACUCUGCAGUGGCUCCUGACACAAGUCACCAACCUGCAGAAGACGUGAAAACCCUGCAGACAGCACUGAAACAUGCAAAACAUGGUCACAAGCCUCCUAACUGCGAUUGUGAUGGCCCUGAUUGUCCGGACUACCUUGAAUGGCUGGAGAAAAAAAUUAAGUUGGCAACCAGUGAGAAACAAGAUACCAGCAAAAGGACUGAUUUCCCACAUUUAGAGCCUAAUAUUCAACAUCAGCAGAAUCAACCCUUUCUCCAAGUAAACGGUGGGCAGCACCACGUGACUUCUUCGUACCCCCAGCAACAGCAAGAAACAAAAGCCCCUCAUGCUGGCCAAGUACCCUGCUCAAAACUUCCCCCCAUUCCAUGCUCUCCCCAGGUGCUCUCUAUAGCCAAGGAAAGGAACGUCAGUCUUCAAACAGCUAUUGCCAUAGAAGCCCUUACACAAUUAUCCGGGUCUGGGACUCAAGGUGCUGGUCCUUCAACCCAAGCCUUCGUUAACGAUAACCUCCAUCAUCACCAACAAACCCAAAAUCUCUCAUCUCCACUUCCACAUUGCACUAACAUGAUUCCAUCCACUGCAGUCACGAGUCCAUUGUCACGGUCUCAGUCCGUCCCUCCAGGAUUACUCACUGACCAGCAGGCAACUGUGUCCUGUGAGCACCACAGGCCCCAUUCACAGGGCCAUCCCCCUCAUGCUUCUACCUCUCCCUUCCUAAACCGGGGAAAUCCUCAAAAUUUUGGCCGGAGUCCACAGCGGUGGGUCCAGGCCACAUACGGAGGGUCUGAUGAGCACCUGUCCCGCUAUCCUGGUGCACCUCACAGUAGGUCAGACCCAGUGUCAGAGCUCAAACAGCUGUUAGGUGCCACCAGUGGAAAGUUGAGAAAUGCAUCUUUCAAGCUUCCAUCCACACAGAUGCUCAGUGAAAAUGGAGACAUGCAGGUACAGAGCCAGCCAUCUUUGCCCAGGAUAAAGCAAGAGGCAGACUUGAGCGAUCAUUCUGCUUCCGUGGGACAUUGCAAUAUGGAUCACGGCCAGUUGCAGGCUCGUUACUACCCUGGUACUUCCACAUCACCUGGUCAAGCAGCCAUUAGACACUCAACUCAGGCAGCUCUGCAACAGCACCUUCAUUACAAGAGGAACCUCUUCUCUAAUCAUUCCCCUGGCUUUAGCGCACCAGUCCCUGUAGCUUAUCAAAACAUCAAAAAGUGGUGGCCACAGAUGGAAGCCAAUGGCUUCAAUCAUCUGAGCAUAAAGCAAGAGCCCAAGGACCCCAAGAGGAAAAAAAUAAGCCAAGGAUCUCCCAUCAUCAAAGCUGUAAGUGGGAUGUUCCCAGGCCCUCUCCUUCCUAAACCCAAACAGAUUAUAAUCAAGAAGACCAAGCAAAAAGCCUCUGUGCCAACUUUCAUGCCCAAGAGACAGAUAACUCUGGAAAAACCAUCAGUACAUAUGACAAGCCGAGCCAAUACCCCGAAUAACGUACAGCCAGGUUCACUGCCCCUAUUGCCCUCCCACAGCAACUCCACUCAGGCGACUGUUGCAGGCCUCCCUGCCCCAGCCCAAUCUCAGGUAUCAAUUUCCAACCUCUCAAUGGCUCCCUCUUCCACAAAUUCUGCUUUGCCAUCAAAUGAUCCCACUUCCAUUGGCUUUGUGCCCCCAUCAAUGGCCCUUGCACCCCAUGCUAAAUCAGUUGAAGUGGGUGAUUUAUCUAUUCUUAAUGCUAGCACUGCCUCAGCUCUGACCUCCAAAUCGCCACCAAACACCUCACAGUUACCAGGUCUCAUGAACAUAAACCCUAAAUAUGAAGAACUUAUCCUGCAGUUUGAAGCAGAAUUCGGGGACUCAGUUACAGACACACCUUCCGGCAAAGCCAUGUCUGAGACAGCUACAUCUUCUCAUGUAAUGAAUCAGUCCUCGACCGGUGCGCAGAAAUUUACAUCUACCACCCAGAGUCAGUUAUCAUUCAGUCACAUUUCUGAGUCCAGCUCCACAACUCAUACAAACAAAAAAGAGAUGGAUGCCAAUAAAAAUGAGUCUGAAACCCAAAGCAAAUUUACCUCAAAUGAAGCAUCCACGGUGACUCCCAUACAGGAGCAGCAGGAGCCCGAGUCCACCAUCCCUCAACAUCAGGAGUCCCCACUUGAUAACUAUCCAGAACAUAGUCCGAUAGAGGAAACGUUCAACAUGCCAUGUUCUCCCAUGCCUAAACGAAUGAAAAUUGAAACCACAGGAGAUAUAGCUGUUCUUUCCACCACUUGCUACUCUGAGGAGGACACACCAACUAAGGAUGGUCUACCGCACUCUCCAUCUUUGAAAGGGUUCUUAGAGUCCCCCCUGAACUAUUUAGAUACCCCUACGAGGAACUUGUUGGAUACACCUUCUAAAGAUCUGCAAGCAGAAUUCCCCACCUGCACCUGUGUUGAACAAGUCCUGGAGAAAGAUGAAGGGCCUUACUACAAUCACUUGGGAUCUGGACCGACUGUGGCUUCCAUAAGAGACCUAAUGGAGACACGCUAUGGGGAGAAAGGAGAUGCCAUCCGGAUAGAGAAAGUGGUCUACACAGGCAGAGAGGGGAAAAGCUCAAGAGGGUGCCCAAUCGCUAAGUGGGUGAUUCGACGUGGGAGUGAGAAAGAAAAGCUGUUAUGUCUGGUGCGGCAUCGUGCAGGCCACCAUUGCACCAAUGCAGUCAUCAUCAUUCUAAUCAUGGCAUGGGAAGGUGUCCCAAGGUCUAUGGCUGACACACUGUACCGCGAGAUCAGCAACACCCUCACCAAAUUUGGCAAUCCUACCAGUAGACGCUGUGGCCUCAAUGAUGAUCGUACAUGUGCAUGUCAAGGCAAGGACCCUGACACCUGUGGCGCUUCCUUUUCCUUCGGCUGUUCUUGGAGUAUGUACUUUAACGGUUGUAAAUACGCCCGAAGCAAAACGCCCCGCAAGUUCCGGCUACAAGGAGAGCGCCCUGAAGAGGAGGACAAACUCAGGGAUCAGUUCCAAAAUCUGGCCACCGAGGUGGCCCCAUUGUACAAGAGGUUGGCUCCUCAGGCCUACAGUAACCAGUGUCAAUCAGAGACAAAGGCUUCCGACUGCAGGCUGGGUUUGAAGGCGGGGAGACCAUUCGCUGGAGUCACCGCUUGCCUGGACUUUUGCGCCCACGCCCAUAAGGACCAACACAACCUGUACAAUGGCUGCACAGUGGUGUGCACUUUGACCAAGGAGGACAACCGCAUGGUGGGGGAGAUUCCACAGGACGAACAGCUCCAUGUGUUGCCCCUCUACAAAGUCUCCACCACUGACGAAUUCGGCAGCGAGGAGGGCCAGCGCCUCAAGAUGAAGACGGGAGCCAUUCAGGUGCUUCAGGCUUUCCGCCGAGAAGUACGCACGUUACCCGAACCGGCCAAGUCUUGUCGACAGCGCCGCUUAGAUGCAAAGAAAGCUGCAUCAGAGAAGAAGAAAAGUAAACUCCAGCAGCAGGCAGUAGAAACACCAGAGAAGAAGACAAUGAUCAAGGCUGGUGUAUGUUUCAGUGAGUCUCCUCAACACCCUGGCAAUAAAGUAAUCACAAAACAAGAGCUUAAGCCCAGCAUUAAGAUGGAGCCAUUCAACGGAUCAAUGGAUGUAUACUCUUUGCAAGCAGCAGAUGCAAUCAAGACCAUGUGCCCACAUCCUGCCUACUAUGCAAGGGGAGGGCUCCCCACAACUGGCCAGCCCUCUGCAGGAGACCCAGUAAACGGCUAUAACCAGAAUCUGCCAGCAUCGCACUAUGGCUUCUAUAACUACUCCUCCAAUGCACUUUUUGCGCCUAAGAUGAGGACCUACGAAGGUCGCAGUAGCUCUUUGUCCAAAGCAGGCAGGAUGAGGUUUCAGUUAGACAAUAAGCCUGUUAUUCAAAACUUUCAGGCUAGACUAGCUCAUUGCUAUCCCAGCCAUCCAGAGGAACCAACCCAAAAUAAUAGCCAGUCUUCAGACAACAACCAGUCACGUCCUUCAGCGUCCUCUGAGUCCUCCAAUAGAGGCACCCCGGUCAUCAAGCAGGAGCCAAUGGAUAUGCCAGUCUCCGAGGACACGGAGCCGAGCCCAGCCGGUGCCACCCAAGCUACCAAUUGGCCAGGAAAUAGGUCCAAUGGAGGUCUCGUUCCCACAAACUUGGAUCAUCACAAUCCAAAACAAUACCCCGAAGACUCGUUUUCUAAUGCAGAAAAGCAGAUGCUCCACCAGCAUUCCCAGCAGCAACCUUCUCCAUACCCCCAACCGUGGACCUCCUUCCCUGGUUCAAAUACUCGGAUGGAAUCCGCUGCUGCAUCACCAGUCCCACUUGUAUCUCCCUCCUCCUCUCCUCAUUUGGGUAACAUACAUCAAGGAUCUCCACGUCCAUCCACCCCACGCCCGAGUACCCCUCAUCCGGGUACACCGCAGCCAGGUAUCACUCACCCAUUCUUACUUCCACACCCUGGAAAUUCUCUGUCCCCCUCACAUAUACCGCAGCCUUCCGCUGCCAGGCAAUGGGCCAACCCUGCGGCAAGUCCCGAGCCGAAGUCUUGGACUAUGGGGCACGGGGCUUAUAGCCCUGGUUUGAAGCACAGCAAUCCUGGCGGUGCCUACCCAGACAAGAUGUGGUCCAAAACGGGUGAAAGUCGCUGUUCCACUCCGCUUGGAGUUCAAGAGAAAGCCUGGAAGUCCUGCGGAGGCUCACUUGCAGGGAGUACACCAUCCCCUGCCCCUGAGGGACGCCUCUUCCCUGACACCCUUCAGCAGUCAGAUCAGACUUGCUGGGACCCCAAUCGAGCCGACAGUGACGCUGAGAGCAGCAAGGGCCGCGAGGAAGACGACGACGAGGUGUGGUCUGAUAGUGAGCACAAUUUCCUGGAUCCCAACAUUGGGGGAGUAGCGGUAGCACCGGCCCACGGUUCCAUCCUAAUUGAAUGUGCCCGUCGGGAGCUACAUGCUACCACUCCGCUCAAAAAGCCUGAUCGCUCCCACCCCUCUCGCAUCUCUCUGGUAUUCUAUCAGCACAAAAACCUCCAGCAACCCAUGCACGGUUUGGCUCUGUGGGAGGCCAAAAUGAAGAUCCUGGAAGAGCGAGCGCUCCAGAGGCAGCAGGAAGCAGCCCUCCUGGGCCUCUCCCAGGAGGAAAUCAAGGCGCUUAGCAAAAAACGCAAAUGGGGAGCCACAGCGGCAGGGGCCACACCAGGUGCUGGACAAUCGAAAGACAAGAGGGAGGGGCCGGUGACACGGUUAGCUCCCACUUUCCACACCACCUCAAUGGUUAAUGUGUCUCCCUAUGCCUUCACGCAGCUCACUGGGCCUUACAGCCACUACGUGUGACGUCAGCCACCAACAGCUCGCGAGGGUUGGGGGGGAGGGGGAAGACAAAUGUGGAACUAGAUAGAGAGAUGGGUAAGAUGAAUGUCUCGAACAUGUCACACAGUCUGCCAUCUCUCCAUCUUCCCCCUCAGAAGUGGGGACAUUUUUAUUGUUUUUUUUGUUUGUUUUUUGUUUUUUUUUUUACCUCAUGUCAGGCAGUUUUUGGGCUUUUGACAAGCUGCCUGUGGUGCUCUUCCUCUUCCUUCCCUUGGAGAGGAACUCCAUUGCUUUUCCUUGUUCAUAGAAUUUGAAUGAUUCUAAAUAUUGCUAUUAUUAUCAAUAUUAUUAUAAUUGCAAUUGUUACUGUCAAUGUUGUUAUUGCAGGUAUUGUAAUGAAGAAUUGUUUUUUGUUAUUUUGAUUGUUUUCAAUGAUGUUAUUAUUAAUGAUGUGAUUUGUUUUUUGUUUGAUAUAUUUUUAAGCAGGUCUGAGUCUGUCGGACUUUCUUUUUCCAUGUUUGGAAAACCUUAUUGUCCUUUUCUUUGUCAAUCUUCCAGCUGUACUAAAAAGGGGGGGGGGGGGGCAUUAUCUGCCUGACAAGAGAGCCGUCCCUUUAGUACAAGUUAGCGCACUGGAUAACUCAAUAUCACGACAAAAAUUUAAAGUUCUCCUUCAGCUCAUUAAAAUGGUGAUAAUUUUUGUGUUCAAAAUUGGAAUUUCCAUUUUACCAAUAUCGCAGUUGUGCGAUGAAACCUAUUUUUGCAUGACUUGUGACUGCAAGUCUCCAGAAUCCACCUCAUAUUUAUGAUCACAUUUUCUCAAGAAUGCCAUUUUUCGUUGGGACUGGCAAAAAAAAAUGGUGUGUUGUUUUUCUCCAGAUACUCCAGUUUCCUCAUCAAACCCCCCCCCCUUUCCCCAAAAAACAUGCCUCUUAGGUUGAUUAUUGUAAAAGUAAUGUGUCUGGAGAAGUGAAGUAGUGCGUGAUUAAAGCAAUUGGCAUUUUUGGAAAGUAAAGAAUACAUUUGAAAUAAGAUGUCAAGUGUGUUUUACACUUUGGGAUGCAUUCUCUUGUCAUUCCUUAAUGUGCUCCUCCUUCUGUUCGAUACCCCAGCAGUUUCUGACUGGUGCUCAACUUGCAGCUCUGAGGCAUUUUCAUUCACCUACUGUAUUCUCUUCAUGGCACUUGAUGCUGUACUUCGGUGCUCUAACUACAAUCAAGGUCUUGUUUUCUAGCUCAUCUGCUGCACCACAACAAGUGUGUGUGUGUGUGUACACUCGUUUUGUUCUUUUUCAUUUUUUUUUUUUUUUGCACAUCUCGUUUGCAAUUUCCACCUGAUCCCUGAUCUGUACUCUCAUCACAUCUACGAGGAUCUCGUUAACUUCCUCAGCGACGAGCGAGCACUUUGAAGUGUAAACUCUAGAGGGCAGACUCGACUGCCUUUGCGAAGUGGCACGUUCAGACGGCAGACCAUACUAGCACUUACAGUGAGUUUCAUUCAGAAGCCAGUAUAGCCUUGCUGCAUCAACCCUCCACGUCCGGGCCAGCACAGGGGUCGCUGACCUCUGACGGGUUUCCCAAAGGCAGCGGUGAUCUUUGUCCAAACGAGGCUCAAAUGUGAAACCAUUCUGGAAAAAACUUGGGUUAGAACACAUAGGAGCACUUUUAGCGAUCCAUACAUACACUCUGGUGCUCUCCUUCUACACUUGAUUUACUGUGAAGGCCCAACCUCUCGUCUGCAUGGUGCUGUCAUCUUCGAGCAGAGCACGAUGGGUCCUUCUGCAGGCUCCUCGUAAACAGAUUGUUUGUUUCCUAUUUGCGAUGGAACAAGCUAAGUGUUAAUGGUGCGGCUCCAAUCAAUCUCUCACUUUGCACGUGUGUCUGUGUCAAAGAGCCAAAGAGUGAGACAUGUGGAUGAUUUUGCUUAUUUUGAUUUCAUCCUCUUGAAGCAUUCAUUCAAGAGUGGAUGCAUGGUUUUGUCGCAAAAAAAAGGGUGAGGGCGAAAGCAAAGACGAGUGAAUCAUUUGGAUUCCACGCAGGCUGAUUCCCGGCUGCUGCGCAGUUUUUGGGUCACAACACUUUUCAUCUGUGAAAAGACCUUGUUAGUCUCCAGCGCUUUACCUCAUGCCGUAGAGGCACUGACCACAAUCACAUCUUGCUACUGAGGGCAGAGAAUCAUGCAUUUACCUUUGUCAACUCGAGAUCUCCGCAAUCACUUGACCCUUUUUCUUUUCUUUUUUUUUUUUAAGUUUUAUUUAUUAAUGGUAAUGAUAAUGAUUGUCCUUGGGUUCUUUUUUUUCUUCUUCUCAUUUUUAUAUAGCUCAUACAAAUUGUACAUAGAAAAGAACAGAUUUUUAAAAGCACUUUUAAACUUGAUUUUAAUGACAAAAAGAAAGCUGAUUAUUGACAACUUGAAAGUUAGUUUUUUUUUUAUUUUCUGAAGAAAUAGAUACAUAUGUAUAUAGUCAAAUAUUUAGGUAAAACUAUUUAACUGGUGAAGAUAGUAUGUAAAUUUUAAAAGUGUAGGGGGUAUUUCGACAUCAGUACGCUUGGUCCCUGUGUUUUGUGUGUACAUGUACACUUAGUAAGACAUUUGUUUUACUCUCACAAGUACUGUAACUGUAUCCUUAGUCCGCAUGUCAUUGGUUAAAGAACUUUACUUGCGAAACACAAGCUAAAACGUCCAAUUUAGAACACUUAAAUGCAUACAAGACUGGAGAAGAGCAAGUUUUGACUCCGAAACCUAAACCUAUGAGUCAUUUAGCUUGUCACAAAAGUUGAAAAUAGUUUUUCACCAAAGGUAACAGAACUCACUUGCUGAAGCUGACUUGUAUGCAAAAAUGCUGUGUUGUUAUUGUUAUUAUUACUAUUAUGAUUAUUAUUCCAGAAUCCAAACUAAAAACAUCCGAUGCUUAAACUAGCAAAGAAAGCCCAAGCAUUAGCUCGUGCGCUUUAGAGUUGGUGCUAGGUCAGGUUUAUGGCUUCAGACGGGGCCGAGGCCGCUUUUUCCUGCUUAGGUUGGAUCGUUACAAUUCAAGUGCAGUUGAUGGAGGAAUGAAAAGCGCGUUGCCAACCUUUAGGCAUGUAACCAAAGUCAAAAGGAACGCUGCAGUCUCCCGCGGCUGCUUGUUUUAUUUGACCCAUUCUUGUUCUUGUCUACACUUCUCAACUUAAAUAUGCACCCUGCAAAAUAUCUUUGUGGAGGAAAAAAAAAAAAAAUUCCCGUAGUAAGUCCUUAUUCAUUCAACACCCGCGCCGCAAUUCUUUUUACUUCUCAACGGCUAUGAACGACCCGCGUCACGUACUUGGAUACAACUGGUGCAUACGACCAACAUUUUGGUUGUUCUCUGGGAAUUGGUGCUAUCAAAACUUAAAAGUCACUGUGCAAAUUAUUAUUUGGUUCACCACAACUGUUUUUUUUUUUUUUCUGAAACUAUCAAGAGAAUUCUACAUUUGAUCAAAGAGUUUUUGGAAGAUAACAAACUGCUCUCUGGUGCUUAGAUUUUUAUUACAAUGCUGCGCAUCUUUUUUUUUUUUUUACGUUGUAACUCUGAUGAGGAUAAGUGCUAUAGGAAUGAAUAGAUGGACAUCCCGUUUAAUCAUGCUUGACCUCUCAUUUACAUUCUUUAUUAGUCUCCAUUACACAUACUGUACUUGAAGCCCUGUAAUCUUAGACAAUAAGUAACUUUGUAUUAUGUGAAGACUGUUAUCUGGAUUUUAUGUUUGGUACAUCACAUGGAAAUGACCCUUUUAGGAUGUUGUAAAUGUUACCGUGCAGAGUGCUGAGAUAUUUGAACAAGAAGAAUAGAAAAUGUGUACUGCCUCCUUUAUCUUCUUAAUUCUACUCGUUUGUGUAUUUCACCUUUUGUGGACCCGCACAUAGUUAGACUUUUUUUCAUCACACUGUGCAUGUCCUACUUUUUUACAAGUACAUUAAACACCUAAUUGAACGAAACUCAAAAUUUGGGAAAAGCAACCCCGAGUCAUACAAAUGAAGACAAAAAAAUAAAUAAAAUGAAAAUAUCUACCUACAUGACUGGCAGCUACAUUACAUUUCCAGUUUUCUUGUUUUAUUUUCCAUGUCAAGGAUGCAGUAUGUAAAAAAGUGGUUUUGUUCUCUCUUUGUAGCUGUAUGGUGUAUCAUGUGAAUACAUAGUGUAUUUGGUAAAAUACCACAAUAUUGUUUUAUGUUGGGCUAUAAAUAAAACA